UAAGAGCGCGGUUUGAGCGCGGUUUGUUUGAAUACAAUUCGUUUCAAGCGUUUCAAAAGACAGCUGCUUUCAGCUUUUGUAAACCCAAAGCUUUGCUUUCAUUUCCCAAAAUUUGUCUGAUCCUUGAUAUGUACAGUUUGUAGUGUUUAUUUUAUUCAAGCGAGAGUUCCGAUAUGGAACAAGGCUAGUCGUACGAACAUGGCUUCAUCCUUACAACAAGGGCAAAACACCAUAAUGGACGACGAAAAGGAAAACAUUGCAAGCUCUGCUCAAGGCCGUAGCCCUAUUAAUGGUAUUCCUCCGCUUCCAGCAACGUUGAUGAUCCCUCCGGCGCCGUUAACUACUUGCUCGUCUGAUACAAUGAGUUCAGUACGAUCAACGGAAGCUCAAAGGAAUACAGCCACGACGAAUGUAAGUGAUAUUACCGGCCUGCAUCACAACCUAGAAAACAUGAAACAGCACAUCCAGCGUGAGUCCAAUGUCUUACAAGACCUUCAAUCUCAGUUGUCUGCACGAGAACAUGAGUUGGAUCGACUGAGGGCAGAACUACAUCAGCAUGAGCAAAGUCAGAAAGACUCUUUGCAGACAAUGAACACUAGAACACUAGAAUGGCCAAGAGGAUUUCCUCUUGCUCCUCAAGGGCUUGGAAGUAAUGUCUCCAUGACAACCCAAAGCUCAAGUCAGAGGGAUUUGGAAGUUUUCAUGCAAAAAUAUAGAGAGCAAACAGAGGACUUGAGAACAAGGCUUCGUAUGACUACUGAACUGUGUGCUAAGCAAGAAGCUUACUACAGAGAUAUUGUGAAAGAGCUAGAGGAAAGACUUCAUGAGACAAUCGAAGGCAGAGACCAUAUCCUUGCGCUACGAGAGUCGGAAGCAGCAAGUCAGCUAAACCUGGUCAAGCAACUUGAGGCAGCUUUGUUAAAGCAGAAGCAAUCUGCUGCAGAUAAAGAUCAGACUAUAAGUUGCCUUGAAACACGAGUGAAAGAGUAUGAAGAGUGUAAUGUUGGGUACACGUCUGCAAUCAGCCACCUCCGUCAUGUAGUUCAAGAUCAGGUGGUGAAGCGAGGGCGAGGAGAGCUGAUUCUUGGCUCUUCUGGUCCGAAACCAGAAUUGCUUGUGCAGGAGCUACAGAAAUGCCUUUUUGAGGAUGAAAGUGAAAAGCAGUUACUCAAAGCAAGGCUGGAAAAGCUUGAGUACGACAUUCAGUCUUCAAAGAGUGACUCACAAACAAAGAUGGAGAAAUUGAGCAACGACUAUGAAGCAAGGAUCACAAACCUGAAGGACGAUCACUCCAAGGCCUUGGAUAUUGCCGCAUCUCGUUCAGCCAGUGCGCGUGACGAUCUAGACCAGCUGCAGCAACAACUUAAACAUAUCAAGGAGCAACAUAUUACCGAGAUAUCUGCAAUGGACGAUAAGAUGAAAUCCCUUCGCUUGGAGUUAGAGUCCGUAUCCAAGCAAAAAAAUGACUUAUCAAAACAGUUUGAAACUCAGUCGUCCACUUUCGAAAACACAAGCCGCGAGACCCAAGUAGAGCUAAACCUCAUUCGCAAAGAAAAGGAGCAGCUUCAAGUUUCCGCGUCCCGAGAACAAGCCAACAGCAUUAUACUACAAGAGAGGCUCACCUCAUGUGAGCAGGAACUUGCGAGUGAACGCCAUCGGCUACAAGAGCUCAUGGAGGAAAAGAAAGCCUUCGAAAACGUAAAGUCUGAAGAGAUCACGAAAUUGAAUAACGAGGUUAGAGAGGCAAGAUCGCUUUUGCAGCAGAAGGAGCAAGAAUUCUAUCAGCAAGCUGAGCAAGAGAUGAGGAGAGUAGCCAGUGAGGAGCAGGAGAAGUCCAACUCCAGGCUUAACAUAAUUCUUUUUGAGGUGAACAAGCUGAACGUUCAGGUAGAAACCUUGAAUAGGGAGCUGGCUGAAAAGGACUCCCAACUGGAGGAACUGAACAAAGAGAGGACAAGUCUGCAAGAAGCUAUUGAGCUCAGAGACAGGGAGGUGUCGGUGGUGAGAGAGGAGAAGAUUGAACUCGCUACUCGCUAUGAUGAUAAGGCGAAGGAACUGGACCAGCUAAAGGAAGAUCUUCUCGCCAAGACAGGAUUUGCAGAGGAGAAGAGCAAAGAGCUAAACAGCGCGCAAACCCAGAUUGAGAAGCUCAAAGCUCAACUUGAGGAACGAGAAUGGACCAUAGCGAGCUUUAAGGAGCAGGGUGCGAAUCUAGCGCAGAUUCUUGAGCGGAAUAACCAAACUGGGGAUUCUCUGCAACGAGAGAGACAGGAGCUGAUACAGAAUCUACAAGAACAGGUCCGAGAGGUCCAGGAAAUGAAGCGACAUCGAGAGAUUUUGGCGAAGAAGCUCAAGGCGAAGGAUAAGCUUGUGAAAGACUUGGAGCAGCAAGUCCAGGAUUUGCAGCAGACAGUAACAGUUAAGGGAGAGGAAAUGGCAGCGCUGUUAGAUGACCGCGAAAACGCCCUAUCCGAGCUUAAGGGCCGUCAAAUGGAGGUGGGCAAGCUGCGAGAGGAGAGGGACACACUUAACACAGUGCUGGCGGGAAAAGACGGCGAGAGGGAGAAGGAAAUUAGUAAACUGCUAUCUAGACUUAAAGGUUCCGAACAAGACUUGAAUCUCACAAAAAGGCUCUUAAAAGCAAAAGGAGAGAUGAGUGGUAAAGCGGUCCUUGUCGCGGAGUCGAUGCAGGAGCAGAUUACCGCUAAGCGGGGAGAACUGGACUCCCUCAACAACAAAAUCCAUUGGAUGCAGGAAAGCCUGAAUGCGGCAAUCAAGGACAAGCGUUAUUUUGAAGCAAAGACGAACAAGCUCUCUGCCGAGUUGGCCCAAAUGACGGAGGAUCGGGAUCAGUUGAGUUUCCAGGCGCAGCAAGUCCGGGAAGACUGCGAUGGCUAUAGGAAGCAGGUCAAACAUCUGGAACAGGCUCUUGAAAAGGCUGCAAUCAAGCACGCAGACACUCAAGCGGAAAUAGAGAGACUUGGUCAGGAUAACGCAAGGUUGAAACUCAAGCACUCAUUGGAGAUUAAGGAACUCGAAAGGAACCAGAGAUCGUCUGUCAAACUUGAUGCCGCUACUGUAGCCGAGAUUCUUGGUCGUGUCACUGCUGGACUCAGAAUAACGCCGUUCAGUAAUCAGACUGACUAUAACGGGACACUGCCCGCGCUGCAACAGCCCAUUGUACUGCAAAGCAUGAUGGGUACACCCAAGGAGACGGCCACCUCACAACCGCCUGUACCAGUCAAGAGUUUGUCCACGAUGCUCCAGUCCACCCCCGCACAGGUUACUCCACAGAGUUUGAUACCAGAAGAUCACAACGAGCUCAAGUCCCUCCUUCAAGACGUGCGCAAUAUGAUCUCUGCAUUCCAAACACAAUCUCAGCAGCCUUCGGCGUCCUCUCUACCGAGCUCCGACAAGAGAGACAACGCACAGCAUGACAAGCAACGAAUGGGCACCGGGGCUAACACACGGUCUGAGUCACCCGUAAACUUCACCGAGACCGGGCAGCGAUACGGACAACCAAGUCAGACCGAGGCAAACACACGGCCUCAAUCACCCGUAGACUUCACCGAGAGCGGGCAGCGAUACGGACAACCAAGUCAGACCGGGGCUAACACACGGCCCCAGUCACCUCCGUACUUCGCUCAACUCACUGACGACGCCCAUCGAGAUAGGUACUCUGAGACACGCCCCACUAGGGUAAAUGCACGACCACAAUCACCACCUGUGUAUCUAGACAAGAAUCCCCAAGCGAAACGGCUCGAGUCGCCACCUGUCUUUGAUGGCACGAACUCAACGGGGAUGCCUCAUUACCACGAGAAGGGAUUCGACUCUGAUGGAUCUAACUUUGAGUACAAAAUAGACAGUCAGUCGUUUGACAAUUUUCGCCCUCCAUUGGGAAGCUCGUCGCCUAAGCCAGAUAGACAAAACUCAUACGGAGUAAGCGCCAGCGGCGCGGACGAACCGGACUACCUGGAUGAUUCCAUCUCGUCGCUCCUUUCCUUUCAUUCAGCGGAGCCCAAGGUAACAACUCACGCUCGUUACCCCCCUAAGCCUGCGAGUGCGUCUUCCGGUACGAGCGGUCAGCGGAGCACUGAGGUUCGGCACCAGGCGAAGAGCGCUUCGUCUGUAGAGUAUGGCCAGGAUGGCCGUCGCCAGGAGAAAGCUUCCAGUGCGUCCUCCAGUGCGAGUGGUCAGCGGAGCUCCGGGAGUCGGUAUAGGGGUAAAGCUGGAAGUGCGUCCUCGGGUACUAGCGGUCAGCGGAGCAGCACAUCUCGUUACACGAAAGAUAGUGAGACGUGGGGUGACAAAAGAACUAUGGGAUAUCAUGGCGGUAAAUCCAAAGUGCAGAAACGGGAGAGAAAGCUUGAUAACGGCUCUCCGCCAUCUUACCAGCGCGCUGAGCUAAUACUGAAGUCCCUCGCUCAGACUGGCUCACAACUUACCAGGAAAAAUAAAGAAAUCGCUAAUCUCCUCAAUGAGCAGGAUCGUCGGAUCCGUAAAUGCAGAGAAAACGAGAACGGUAUUCACUCGAUGCUUAGCUAACCUUUACCGAUUAUGGUUAGGAGAGGCGUAAUUGCUACACCUUCCCCGACGUGCGUGCUGUCUCGCGUGACGUAAAUAUGCCGCGCGCUGUUAUAGAUGCCCCGGGUGUUUCGCGGGUCGUGCAAAUAUUUCUAAGGUUUACAAAUAUCCCAUAAUUCUGGAGGUUAUGGAUUUAAUCAGGGACCUGACGUAUUCAAUACAAUUACACUUGCAUAUAGCAGUUUUAAAUUAUUGUGUACGUACGUUAUGAUUUGUUUGUAAAUAGCGAUUUUACUAUAGAUAGAUGUGUAUUUUAGACAUUUAUAUUAUCAAGUAUAUUAAAAAUAUCCAAGCUCAUA